AUGAAUAUUUCAAACAUUUUCUAAAGUAAUUUAGCGCGAAUUCCAGCAGAAACUAGGGUAAAACCAAAAUCGUAAGUGGAAACACCGAUUGACACUGUCAGUGUCAAUUUGACACGUACGCUUACUGUUUAUUUACCUACUUUGCCGAUUACUAAGAAAACGUGCAAGAUGGAUAAAUAUUAAGAUACGAUCAUGAAUAAAAUGAUUAAGCGUUCAAGUAAUUAAGCUAACAAAAAACGAGUGCUAUUCUAAUUAAGUACAUACCUAUAGUAAAUUGUGAUUUUAUUAUUAUGUGAGACUUAACGCUAGUCGGAUAAGAACUUGAUAAGAAACCUGUAAACAAUUCAUGUUUUUGUAGCGGUAUUCAAUAAGAUUUAUCAAUGCCUGUUGCUCUUUCAAUAAUACAUAAUAUUGUUCAACUUCAUUCUUCAACAUAAUACAAAAACAGUAACAAUAGCUUCACAUGAGUCAAGUGGAAUGGCAAAUAAUGGAUAACACAGCCAAAGUGUACAAUAUUAUGUUUAUCGGCUGUGCAAACGAUUUCCGCCGAUUUAUCCAUCAAUUGUUUCACUUUCGCUUGUAAAUUCAAGUAAUACACGUGGAGAGCUUGAAUUUACGCGACCAUUUUUAGUGAACACACAUAUUGUAUAUUUUCUUUACAUAUGGAGUGUUCUUUAGAUUAUAGUGGUAUUGAAUUGUUUUUUGUGAUUGCUGAACGCGUUAUCAGUCGAGUUUGCUGUACUUACGUGGCGAAUGACGUGUGCUCUGUGCCUUGUUGUCAAGUUCGCUGAUAUACAAUUUUGUAAAAUAAAUAAUAUUGUAUUAUUCAUAUAUAAAGAAUAAUGAGUGAAUCGGACCCUAUAAAAAAAGCUUCUGACAAAGAAAUACCUAAGGGCCCAACGAAUGGUGCAGGAGGCCCACAGCAUUUCUACGGGGCGGGGUACCCUCCCCACUUCCACCACGUCCCUCCACACCACAUGCAGCACUCCCCUCCACCGGUGUAUCAGAAAGAUGAGAGGACACAGCGGCAAUACUCAAAACUUAAACAGAAACUAGAACGUAAACAUAACAAUAGGAAUAAUGGUAUAGAGGUAAACAAUUCUGGUGCGAGUACACCAUCGCUGUCGCCGCGAAAGGAGUUGAAUGGGCGAGGCGGCGGCAGCGGCGGCGCGUCCUCGGGCGCGUGGUCCGAGGGCGAGGGCUCGUCGGCCGGCGCCUCGCUGCAGGGCGACGACGACAACGACACGCAGGCGCUGCUCGACCUGCUCUCUGCCACACGGACUCCUCAGGUUAGCGAUAUGACCCCAACCAGUGCACUUGUGCAAUGGAACUCCCCAUUACCCGAAGGCGUCAAUCUACCUAAUGUCGAGCUAACUUACGAUCUACUAUUGGGUGAUCGAGAUCGAAGAUAUAAAGCCAUAUACAGUGGACCUUCACUAUCUUGUCGAGUACGGGAUCUGCGGCCCGGAUGCGAGUACUCGGUGUGCCUACAGAUCCGAGCGGGAGAGGUGACCGGUGCGGCCAGCGAGGCUGCCACGUUCCGCGCGCCCGCUGCGCCGCCCGAGCGCCUGCCCGCCGCGCGCGUCAGCCAUCGCACGCGCGCCUCGCUGCUGCUGCGCUGGCCCUCGCCCGCCGACAACGGCGCGCGUGUCACGCACUACGUGCUGGAGAUGGACUCGGGCGACGGCUUCGUGGAGCUGACGCGCCCGCGUACGCGCCAGCACACCGUCAACGGCCUGCAGCCGCAGACGCGGUACCGCUUCCGCAUCGCCGCCGUCAACGAGUGCGGCCGCGGUGACUGGAGCGAGGAGACUGUGGUGUGGACGGCGGGCGCGCCGCCGCCCGCACCCGCUCCGCCGCAGCUGCGUGCCGCCACUGCCACCUCGCUGUCCCUGGGCUGGGAGCGCCGCGGCGAGGAAGAGUUCAUCCUCCAAAUGGACGACGCGGCCCGAGGGCACGGCUUCCUCCCGGUCUACACCGGGUCCGAAUGCGCUUACGUGUGCGAAGGUUUACGAAGAGCUACCGAUUAUCGUUUCCGUCUCCGAUGCGAAACUGUUGACGGCCAGGGACCCUGGUCCCCGGAGGUCUCCUACCGAACGCUGCCCGAGCGACCGUACCCGCCCGGCCGGCCCGCGCCCCGCGGCAAGAUUCACUCGCGCGCAUUCCGCUUGAGGUGGGACUCGCCCGUCGAGGACGGCGGCGCUGCGGUGGAGGCGUACACGCUGGAGCUCGACGGCGGCGAGGGCUACGGCUGCGCGUACCGCGGCCCCGAGCGCGAGGCGCACUGCGACCGCCUGCUGCCCGGCACGCAGUACCGCGCGCGUGUGCGCUGCUGCAACGCGGCUGGGGACAGCGACUGGUCGCCCGUCGAGACCGUGCAGACGGAGGCCACGUGCCCGGCUGCCUGCGCCGCGCCCGAGCUGCCCGCCGCGCCCCGCGCCACGCUCGCCGCCGUGCGCUGGCGCGCGCCCGACUGCACCGGCGGCGCGCCGCUCAGCGAGUACCGCCUCGACCUCGCCGACACGGAUGGUCUGGUGCGCCUCGCCUACGCCGGCCUCGACGCCGAGGCCGUCGUGCGCGAUCUGCUGCCGGGCCGCGAGUACAGGGUGUGGGUGACGGCCUGCAACAGGGUGGGCGCGGGUCCGCCGUCGCCGCUGCUCAGGUUCACGACGGCGCCGGCGCCUCCCGACGCCCCGGAGGCGCCCGCCGUCCGGGUGGAGGGUCCGCGGAGCGCGCGCGUCGAGUGGACCGCACCCGCGAACAACGGAGCGCCUAUAAUUGAUUUUCGACUCGAAAUGAGCGCGACGAACGUCGACUACGCGGAGGUUUAUCGGGGUCUAGACACUAUUUGCACUUUGAGCAAACUAACGCCGUUCACGCCGUACUUCUUCCGCGUCUGUGCCACGAACUCGGCCGGGCGCGGCGCGUGGUCCCCGGUGCGCGACGCGCUCACGCCGCGCGCACCGCCCGCCGCGCCCGCUGCCCUGCGCCACGACGCCACGGCCGACUCUCUGCGCCUGUACUGGCGUGCGCCCGACGGCCACGGGGCCGAAGUGCUGCGCUACCGGGUGGAGGUGGACGACGCCGCCUUCGAGACCGAAGGGCCGACGCCGGAGCGGCUCGUGGAGGGGCUCGCGCCGGACACCGUUUACCGCGUGCGCGUCGCCGCGUUCAACGAGCUCGGCCUCGGCGACUGGUCGGAGGAGGCGCGCGCGGCCACGCGGCCCCGGCCGCCCGUGCCGCCCCCCCUGCGCUGUGCGCAGGCCGCGCACAACCACCUGCGCCUCGAGUGGGACGGCGUCGAGGGCGCCCAGUACUGCGUGGAAAUGCGCGCGCCCGAUGCCCGCGAGUUCCGGCCGGUGUACCGCGGCUCCGCGCACUCAUGCAAAGUGAAGAAGCUGCGCGAGGCGACGUCCUACACGUUCCGGAUACGAGCGAGCGACGAGCGCGGCGGGCGCGGCGCGUGGUCGGCGGGCGUGGCGGCGCGCACGGCGGCCGCGCCUCCGCCCGCGCCGGCCGCGCCGUCCGUGACGCUGGUGGCGCCGCGGGCCGCGCUCGUCGCCUGGGAGCCCGUAGAAGACGCGGACUACGUGCUGCAGUGCGCCCGCGGCAAGGAAGCCAUUUUUAAAGAGGUGUACGCGGGCAGCGCGAGCCAGUUCACGCUCCAGGAGCUGGAGCACGGCGCGGAGUACGCGCUGCGCGUGUGCGCCGUGCGCGCGGCGCUGGCGGGCGCGUGGUCGGGCGCGGUGCGGCUGGCGGUGCCCGCGCCGCCGCCGCCCGCGCGCCCACGCCGCGCGCGCGCGCCGCGCUCGCUGUCGCCGCGCCACGCCGCGCUGCUGAUGGCGGCGGGCUUCCUGCUGCUGGCCGUGCUGGUGGCGGUGCUGGUGCAGCGCCUGGUGGAGCCGCGCCCGUGACGCGCGCUGGCGGCGGCGCGCCCGCGAGCGCUCGCCCGCCUCUAGAGCGCCGCGACGACCGCGCUCGACCCCGCCCGGGCCCGAUCGAGGCGAUACGAGUGCAAUUAUUACGUUACGUAGCCCGGAGUCUUUCGCGUUGUCGAGAGAGGGUUUCGCCCGAACUCGUGCCGCUCGACCGCCCGCAGUGACGCUCGCGGUUCUCGCCUCCGAUGUCGCGAAUCCCUCGCUUCUAUAUCCCGAAAGCGUCUGAUAUAUUUAUGUGUAUAUAGUAGAUAAUAAAAAUGAAAAUGUACGCCGCCGCCAUGAGAUGUCGGCGGGCGCGAGGUGAUCGCGGACGUUAUUACCGUUUGCUGUCGAGAACGCGACGAGAAGAGAACGAGUUAGGCGUUCGGUGCAAUGUUCGUUUACUGUCGAAGUUACUGACCCGGCAUCCUUUAUGGCCUAGAACAUGUUUUAUAAUUUUAUUAUGGGAAUAUUUUAUAUUUAAAAUUAUUGUAAAAUGUUAUUAGAAUAUAUAUUUUCGGGGCUGCCAUUCUGAAUUUUUAGGAAACGUUACGGACUUUGCCUAAUCGUAUCUGUAGUUUUUCACAGAUCUUCGUAUCUAGUCUGCGCUAUUAACGUUCAUUUAUUGGUUCGCCGUAUCGACUGAACGUUCUGUAUACUUUAAAUAUUAUUUACACGAAAACGUUAUUUAUGAUGGGCAAAUUUUUAUUUACUCUCUUUUCAAAGUGUACUUCCGAAUGAACUCUGUCAGGCUCGGCGCCGUAUGUUUUCCAUACAUUUGAUAUUUUUGUAAAAGAAUCAAUUGGUAUGUUGCAUGUUUUUUAUCAUAUUUAAGUAUAGCGAGUUAGCAACCAAGGUGCUGUAAUGUUAAUGUUCUGUUAAGAGGGACAUGGCCCCUCGUCUGCAACGAGUUUCCAGUGUGUGUGCUGUGAUCACUUCCUUAUGCGAAUGAGACUGAUUUUAAACGUAAAUGCUUUGUGUCUAUAUGAUUGUUCCCAUACAUUGUGCCGACGCGCGCUGCACGCGCGCGCGCAGCGGUCGUGCGCCACACUCGGCCGCUACUGUAUACUCCCGGUAAUGUUAUUUAACCAUAAUUAUUAUGAUGUACCUUCCAAGUUUUACUGUCGAUAGUGUUUAAUUUGUUUUUAUUGUAGUAGAACAUGACUUUUAAUUGAUGACAUUAUGUAAUACUUAUAGAUUAAAUUGUUUAUGAAUUUAGAGAUUAUAAAUUUAUUGAGAUUGUUACCACCCGGUGUAUCGAUAAGGAAUUGUCAGAUUUGACCUUAUUUCUAAGAAAUAACUGUGUUCCAAAAAUAAAAUGAAAAAAAAUUAGAAUGAUCCCAUAUUCGUAUUUGUUAAUUUAAUUAAUCAAUAUAUUAGAAAAAUAUUAACUGACUAUGAUCUAAUUAAUUAUAUUUUAAAUGAAUUAUUUUCAUGUAGAUAAGCAGAGUAUCUUUUUUAAUUGUAUUCAAUUAUACGAAUUAUAGUAAAAAGUGCAUAUGGGAUUUUACAUUGAUGUUUCUAAGUGUCAUUAUUCACAUAUAAAUGUUGUUUAAAGUUUUGUGAAAUAAUGUCAUAUUAAUAUAAUAGUAACAUUGAAUAUUGUUAUCGCCUAGGCCUUACUGCGUUCAGUGUCUGCUAGCUGAGUCGAUGUAAUGUUUAUGUUGUCAUGGACAGCCUGUUAUAUGCACGAAUUUAAGCUUAAAAUACGUCGUUAUAAUAACAUUAUUCUGUGAUCAUCUUAUUCUGUUCUGUCUAUAUACAUAUUUUUUUAUUAUUAUCAGAUACAUUCCUAGAUUCGUUUCUCGUUUUCAUGGCAUUACCUUCUCGUGUCUUUUUCUUUUGCGAGGAGCAAUAUCGCUUCGUGCCACUACGAGCUAAGAUUAAACACGUAAGCACAGCUUACAGCAUAUUAUAAUAUGCGAUGGGGGCAGGUUAAUUUUCUAAAGUUUUUAUAAUCCUAAUAUGUGCAAUCGUCAAUUUAUUUAUUUUAUUGCUUAACAUAAAAGUAUUUAUUUUUUAGAAAUUAUAUAAAGUAAAUAUAUUCUAUAAAGUCGUGUAAAUUGGAGGAAUCGAUGUUCCUAAAUGUAUUAAAUGUUCCGUACGGUACACCACUCGCGAGCUGAAUAUUGUACUACAGUCAAGCAUUCCAACUUUGUAUUCCACUUUGUAAAUAGGCCUAAAAUCUACGACUUAAUGUACAUGUUGCUUUUAUGUGGGAAUGUACAUAAAUAACUGGCGUUUCUGAGCAGUGUAUAUGUGAGCACACAACAGCCGUGAACGCCGACGAAAAUCAAUUAGGUCAUGCGCACACGAGCAAACUUUGUUUUUUAACAGUUCAACUCAGUCUGAGGCUGAGAUUUAUAGAGCGUUAUUUGACUUUGCUUACACUUUGAGUUAAAAUAGACCUGUGCCUGAGCAAUAACUCUGUUUGUUUUAACUGUAAGUAAAGUCUGAUCAAUGUGUGCUAUGAGAUCGCACUCGCAGCCUAAGUCAAUGGCUCAUGUGCGAGCAAAUUGCUACUGUAUUUUCUUAGUCACUUCAUAGAAUUUAUGUGAGAGACGAUACUAUUGCGCAAAAGAAAGUUGCUCAUGUGCACGCGACCUUAUAACUGUGUUGAGACUAAGCGUUUUUUAAAAAUUAUUACAUAUUGAUUAAUGGGGAUAACAUCUCAUAUUGUAUUUGUGUUUGAAUUAGUAACGUAUAACGAAAUGUAUAUGUUUAUAAUAUAAUAUUUGAUGAUGUUAUGUAUACAAUUUAUUAAACAUGGAUAUAUCAAUAAAAUUAUAUUUUGUGUA